GGGAUCCGAGAAACGCAUCAAUAACGAGGUAUAUAUGGAGCAAGCUGGCGAUUUGACAGCAAUUUUCCAUUCAGUCCGACCAGCACUGUAGGAAAUGGAUCUGAAGCUAUAGUGUACAUUCUGCUCUGACCGUUCCAAGACCAGGAAUUCAGACGAUGGUGGGACAGUGCAUGGUCAUGUGACAAUCACGUGAUAAGUUAUUCCAAAAUGGAUUCCUAAUGACUAUUUAUAUCCAUUCUGAAGAAGCAUCCGCUUGCACUUGAAACUGCUGCCCAGCGAGUCGUGAAAACAACGCCUUCAAGGUGUGAUCCGUUAAAGUUUUUGGUAACAAGAUGGAAAUCUGGUGCUUCGUUCUUCUGCUGUGCUGCGGAUUCCUGGCUGAGAUUGAAGCGAGGUGUAAUUGCAAAUUUAACUGUGACGUGAAUCCAGAUGGACAAUGCCGAGACGGGCUGUGCCAGCAAGGGUGGUAUGGACGCUACUGCCAGAAAAGAAACGUGGCCUGGCAAGGCAAGGCUUCACAGCAUAGCACUCGCACCGAGAGGAGCCACCUAACUCAGGGGAGGAGGGUGGUGUUCAGCGCUGUCAAGGCCAUCGACGGCAACACAAACGUUGACCUCUUCAAGAGACCGUACUGCGCCCAGACGGGGUUGCACAAUAACACAUGGUGGAGAGUCCAGCUGAAGAAAAACGGCAUCAAUGAGAUUCGUUAUAUGACGAUAUAUUUCCCAGAAAACGUGGAUUACAGGAAGACGAAUGUUGAGAUUCUGGUGGGUGGAAGGCGUUGCAAGAGGUGGAGCGGAUGGGCCCGACCCCCUUCAGAGGCACAAGUAAGCUGUAACGAAUCUCUGACUGGGGAGGAAGUCAUGAUCAGAAUCCCAGACAACUCCCUCAGCAUCUGUGAAGUCCAGGUUUUCGUUUGCAGCGACUUUUGGUUUGGGAAAGAUUGUGACAAGCGCUGCAACUGUCUUGACAAGAGAGAAGUCUGUGACAAGGGGAGCGGCGAGUGUCGCAGGAGGGAGUGCCCCCCAGGGUUCAUAGGUCAUGACUGUUAUCAGGAAUGCGAGGACGGAUGGUAUGGACAGCUCUGUAAGUCUAAAUGUGGAUCCUGUCUCGAUGGCGCUGCCUGUCACAAGGAGACUGGGAACUGUACUUCAGGCUGUGCCCGGGGCUGGACCAGGCGUACCUGUCACGUAGUUUCAGUUGAUGAAGACGUUUCCCUGUCGCCAGUCAUACAGGGUGUGACCUCGACCUUGGUGGCCGGCAUCCUGAUGUCAGUCUUAGCCAAUCGAUGGCUGUACUGACCGACAUUUUGUCUGUGAUUGAGGGAGCUGUGUUGAUGUCGCAGACAACAAUUUCAUUAUAAUUAUAGCACAGUAAAUGAAUACAAAGUUGGCAUGGAUUUCAAAUUCAUGUUCUGUGGCUGCAACGUUUCGGGCCAGGUGCUGGUACCCCCUUUUAUCUCUACCGAAACUUCACGACAUCGAAAUACACUCUGUCUUGAUGCGACAUCUUCUUAUAUGUCACUUGAACAUAAUGGAACAUCACAUCUUCCCGAGGCAAGAGAGUUAACUGACUUUAAAAGUCCAGUUUCCACCCUUGCCGAACUAGGCUGGAAUUCCUGGGCUCG